AUGACAGAGCCCAAAAAAGAAGCUAUUGAGGCAAUGUCAGAAUGUGGUCUAAGACCAAUGGAGUCUUAUAGAUAUAUGUCAACAAAAACUGGUGGAGACGACUGUGUAGGUCAUACGAUGAUUGAUCAUCUAAACUACUGCUACAAGUUAAAAAUGAAGCAAAUUGAUGGCAAGGAUUCACAAACACUAGUGAACAAACUGUAUGACUUACAAUCAAUAGAUCCUGAGUUCUUUUUCCGAGUAAGACUCAAUGAUGAAGGAAAAGUUGAGUGUCUAUUUUGGAGGGAUUCUAUGAUGAGAGAAGAUUACAAAAUAUAUGGAGAUGUUCUAGUUUUUGAUACUACAUUCAGAACAAAUAAGUACAAUCUCAUAUGUGCUCCAUUUGUUGGUAUCAAUAACCAUUGGAAAAAUACAAUGUCUGCUUGUGCUUUCAUUGGGGAUGAAACCACAUAA